AGCUUUUUUUUUUCUCAAAAGCAAAGUUUUUUUUUUAUUCAAGAAACAGAGCAAAGUUUUCCAAAAAAAAAAAGAGCCACCAAGAACUUUCCAAAUCAUCAACGGAUCAAUAAAGAGAGAGAUGGGAGAUGUGAUUUUGUUCAUCAACGAUACGAAUUCGAAAGUGAGAAUCUCGCGUUGCAGAAUUUGCCAUGAAGAAGAAGAAGAAAGUUUCUUCGAAGUUCCCUGUGCUUGUUCAGGCACCGUUAAGUUCGCACACAGAAAUUGCAUACAACGUUGGUGUGAUGAAAAAGGAAACACAACUUGUGAAAUCUGUCUUCAGGUGUAUAGAGAUGGAUAUACAGCAGUUUCAAAACAAUCUAAAUUCAUUGAAGAAGAAGUCACAAUCAGAGUAAAUGGACGAAGAAGAAGUAGAAGAUUAGUGACUAUAGCUGAAUCAGAUUUAUCUCAGUGUAAUUCUGUUGCUAAUAGAGGAGCUUCGUUUUGCAGAUCAUUAACUUUUAUUCUUUCAGUAUUUUUGCUGAUGAAACACACAUUCGAUGUGACUUAUGGAACCGAAGAAUAUCCAUUCUCUGUAUUUACGGUACUAACAUUAAAGGCCAUAGGGAUUUUAUUGCCAAUGUUCAUUAUAAUUCGAACAAUCUCAACUAUUCAGAAAACUCUCCGUCGUCUUCAGUAUCUUGAAUCUGAAGAAGAUACGUUGAGCUCUGACGACGACGAUGACUUGGAAGAAGAAGAAGAAGAGCAACAACAACAUUUGGCUUAACGAACUUUACAAAAAUUGUUCUUUCUAAUCUUUUCUUUUUUGAACGAAAUGCAUCUAUUUGAUGCUCAUGGUCAUUACUCACAAAGUAAAAUAAAAUAAACGUAAAUUUACUCAAUAAAAAUCCAGUUUUCUCUAUUCGCGU